AUGCUCUUCACCAGCCUCGUCGUCUACGCUCUCGCAGCCACUGCUGCUGCCAAGCCCAUCCGCCACCACAAGAGGGGGAAGAAGCACCACAAGUGCUCCAGUGUCAUCCCCUCCCAGAGUGGUGUUGGUACCACCGGCCCUUCUUCUACAGGCGGUGUCUCCUCCUCGGUCGUGAUCAUCACCUCGACCUCUGCCGCAGUUAGCCCUACUAGUACCCCCAUCAGCUCUUCCUCCGUCUCCGACGGCCCUGCUACUCCUAUCAGCUCUGCCACCACUCCCGGUAGCACCUCCGCUCCUGCUACCCCCUCAAGCUCGACUCCCUCUUCCACUACUCCCGGCAGCUCCAGCCUCGUCUCAACUCUCAGCACCUCCGUUGUGAGCUCAACCUCUGUUGCCAGCACCACCUCCGUUGCCAGCACCUCUUCCAUUGCUAGCACCUCUUCCAUUGCUAGCACUACUUCAAUCGCCAGCACCACCUCCAUUGCUAGCACCACUUCUAUCGCCAGUACCUCCUCCAUCGUCUCGACCACUUCCAGCUCCAGUGCCAAACCCGUUCCCACCUCCAAUGUUCCCCUCGGCACUGUGAUCACCAAGUGUUCAGUUCCCGGCACGGUUGCCCUCACAUUCGACGAUGGCCCAGGACAGUACACCGAGCAUGUCAUGGACCUCCUUGAAGCCGCCGAUAUGCGAGCUACCUUCUUCAUGAACGGCCAGAACUUUGGCAGCAUCUACGACCGCCCCGAGACUGUCCGCCGUGGCUUCAACAACCACCAACUGGGAUCCCACACCUGGGAACACAUUGAUCUGAGCGUCAAGAGCGAUGCCGAGCUCCGCACCUCCCUCAACAAGCUCGAGGAUGCCUUCGUCUCCAUCGUCGGCAGCUGGCCCAACUACUUCCGCCCCCCUUACCUGGCCACCACCACCACCUCGCUCGCCACCCUCAAGGAGUUCGGCUACAAGGUCCUCAACGUCGACAUCGACACCAACGACUGGCAGGAGUCCCACGUCGCCAACCCCCAGCUCUCUCUCGACGCCUUCAAGACCGGUCUCGACGCCGGCGGCUCCCUGGUCCUGGAGCACGACGUCCACGCCUCGACAGCCAACCUUCUCGUUCCCCUUCUCAUCUCCGAGCUCCAGUCUCGCGGCCUCAAGAGUGUCACCGCCGGUGAGUGUCUCGGUGAGGACCGAUCUUUCUGGUACUCUGCUCCCCGUGCCGCGUAA